CUCAUGGAAAGGCCAGGGAGCCUCCGCCGCCGUCCGAGCCGCCCUUCUUCCCUCCCCGGCUCCCGGCGACGGACGGGGCGGCGGGAGGCAUGACGGGAAAUUCCUGGGCACGGGCAGCCGAGUCCAAAUAUGAGCAUAGGAGACGAGCGAGGGAGGACCGGGGAGCCGGCCGCGGACGGGGCCCGCUGCCCGGGCCUCGGCGGCCGCCAACUCCCUCCUCCUCCACCUCCUCCUCCGCUUCCCCCGCUUCUCCUACAGGCGCCCCGAGGCCGCCGGCUGCCAAGAGCGCCCGGGAGGUAGAAUCUCUCUGCCAAGGGCAUCCCUUCCCAAAGCUGGGGCCCCAGAGCAGAGACAAGCACCCCUGUCCCCUCGCCGUUCCACCUGAGACCCCCCCCCCCCAAGGGGUAAGAACGACGGGACAGCGACCCAGGGACCAGUGGGAAGACGUGGCAGGGUUUGAGGAGGGCGAUCAGUUGAGAGCUGUGGUGGUGAGGGGAUCAAAAGUUGUGGCAAACACUUCUCCAAGUGUGGGAGAGGAGACUGGAGCAUUGCUGCCGGCUACGCAGGUGAGUCCGGCUGCACAUACCGAAGAGGCGUCGUAAUCCUUAAAAUCACCGGUCCACCUGCCUUCCAGAUACAAGGACACAAAAUGAUUCAAAAUUGAUGACCCAAGAAAAGCUCACAGUGAAGCCUGAAGCUACAAAUGGCCUUACAGUCCACACACCUAUAAUGCUUUGAAGAAGACAGGUGGAACGGGAAAUAAGACUAACUUCCAUAGCUGGCCUGUGUGUCAGUGAAGAUUGCCUCUGAGCAAAAGUGAGUCUUGCAACUUCCUGGGUGGUAGAGGAUGAAAUUAAAGGACAUAAGAUGGAGGCUGACAACAAAGCAUCAAGAUAUACAGGAAUGAGAAUGAUUUAGAAACCUAGUUUUCUAUUAUGCCACUCAAAAUAAGGGAAAUAGAAUUUUGAAAGAGAGUAAAGUAAAAAAUAAAUAAAUCAAUACAAUAGAACAGGUCUACCUGAGAAGGGUCAGCAUUCUCAAAAUAUUUUUUGCAGAAGACCCCUACAUUCUGAUCUAUUUCAACAUACCUGUCAUGAGGUUGUAUUAAGGAAUCCUGUACAUGUGGAAUAGGCAUGUAAGGUUGUAAAUCUUUAUUUUCUUGGCAAGCUUCAUUAUGACUUCGUAGAACAUCUGAAAAUAAAUCAAACAAACCUACAAAUCAAUCAAUUACUUGAUAUCAUUGCAGUUUAUGAUACAAUGAAAUGUUCUAGAAAUAGUUGAGAUUUGUACAAAAACCAUACCUAUAAUCUUUACCACCAUAUCAUACAUUUGCCUUGUUUCCUCUUCCUCUUUUGUCCAGCGGUAUUUCAUGUAACGCAGAACAAUGCAAACCAUCGCUACACC